CAUCUACAUCAUGACCUUGUAACUUAUUGCUGUGUGGAUGGUGAGUGUUUCCAUUGCCAGAACUUGUGAACUUAAAUCUACUCAUCAUGUGCUAUUCUCUACUUCAUGCUUCUUUCAUGAUCUAUUUUUUUUCCCAAUGAGAACUUAAUUAAUUCUCAUUAGCAAGUUUCAUCACUCUUUUGGCAUAAAAUAAAACAUAUAUACAUACAUUCUUGAAGAUCUUGAUCUUUACCAUGGAGCUUAAGUGUAGCUUCAUUUUCAUCUUCUUCCUUCUCCUCCUCGUCUCGCCUUCCUUUUCGUCUUCUUCAGGGAAAAUGGAUUUAUCAAAAGUGGACACCUCAGAUAUUUAUGAAAUUGAUUAUAGAGGACCAGAAACUCAUACUAACAUACCUCCACCAAGAGGAGGAAGGCAUAAUAGUCAUCAUCAAGGCAUGUUGUUUCAUCACAAACCUACUAAGCUUGGCAAAAAUGAGAAGAAAAACCAUGGAUGAUGGAGUAAUAAUUUAAUAUAAUUAAUUGUGUGAUUUUUAGAUUUAUAUGGGCAAAGAGAGUGUGUCCUUAUUUUGAUGAAGCAAUAGAAAAUAUAUAUGCUUGAACUUCUUUAUUAUAUAGUUUACUUUCAUGUGAUAUAUAGAGAAUGUAAUUACUUUCCAAAUGCUUUUAGAUUGAUUUUACUUUUAUAUUAUGAUAUAUAUAUACUAAAGUUUGUGUCCUAA